CACACACACACACAAACGCAACUGUGGCCCAAAACAACCAAAUAGGUUGCUUUGCCUCUUGCCCUAUAAAACAAACCCCUUCUUCCCAAUCACCCUGCCCUGCCCACCUCAAUUAAUUUUACUGCAUUUGCUUGCUUCUCCAAACUCAUAGAUCUCCCUCACACACAUUCAGACUCAUUCACCUUUUUGCUUGCUUUCUUUCUCUCUCUCUCGGUGAAUAUACAUACAUACAUACAUACAGCUUGAAAUAUGGGAGCAAUGUCGUCGUCGUCUCGGCCUUUCCUUCUCUUCUUCUUCCUGCCGCUAAUUGCUAUCUCCAUUCUUGCCCUCCAUGCUUCAGGGGCGACGAUGACUCUGUACAACAAAUGCAGCCAUCCGGUUUGGCCCGGGAUCCAGGCCAGCGCCGGGAAGCCAUUGCUGGCCAGGGGAGGCUUCAAGCUGCCCCCAAACAAGGCCUACACGAUGCAGCUCCCCCCGGGCUGGUCCGGCCGCGUCUGGGGACGCCAUGGCUGCUCCUUCGACGCCGCCGGGAAGGGCCGCUGCGCCACGGGGGACUGCGGCGGAGCCCUCUUCUGCAACGGGAUUGGCGGGGCCCCUCCGGCGACGCUGGCGGAGAUAACCCUGGGCGGCGAGCAGGAUUUCUACGACGUGAGCCUGGUGGACGGCUACAACCUGGGCAUCUCCAUCACGCCGGUGAGGGGCUCCGGGAGCGGGACGGGGAGGUGCAGCUACGCGGGGUGCGUGAGCGACCUCAACAUGAUGUGCCCCGCGGGGCUUCAGGUCCGGUCCCGCGACAAGAGGCGGGUGGUGGCCUGCAAGAGCGCCUGCUUCGCCUUCAACUCGCCGCGCUACUGCUGCACCGGCAGCUUCGGCAGCCCCCACACCUGCAAGCCCACCGCCUACUCCAGGAUCUUCAAGGCCGCCUGCCCCCGGGCCUACUCCUACGCCUACGACGACCCUACCAGCAUCGCCACCUGCACCGCCGCCAGCUAUCUCCUCACCUUCUGCCCGGCUCCGCAUCGCCGUUGAUAGAGAGAGAGAUCCAUUUCCAUAUCCCUCCCUCACUGCUACUUGCUCACCUGCAUUAGUCAGUAUAAUUACUCUUUCGCAUCAAUCCAUCAAUCUCCCAUUAUAUAUAUAUUCCUGAAUUUCACUUGGGUUGGAGCCUGGAGGGCAAUGAAUGGCAUUGCAUUAGUGGAAUGAAUUAAACAUCAUCAUAUCCGUCCCCGUCUUAGUUAAUCUAGUACUAUUUGUUUUCCUUGCAUUUAAUUUAAUUACAUCCCAAUGCAAUGCAAUGCAAUUUAUGAAUCAAACAAUCGGCUUUUCCUUUCU